AUGCACAAUCCUGACCGUGGAGAAAGGGCCAGAAAUCUCACCGAAUGUUCCCUGCCCAGUUGCCUCAGCCCGCAACCAUGCCCCCGCGGUCUCCUGUGGCUGGGCCUCACCCUCCUGGGGGCCCUGCAGACCCAGGCCCGGGACUCCAUCCCAAACCUGAUCCCAGCCCCACCUCUGUCCAGGGUCCCGCUGCAGCCAAACUUCCAAGAUGACCAGUUCCAGGGGAAGUGGUACGUCGUGGGCCUGGCAGGGAAUAUCAUUUCAAAGGAAGACCAAGGGUUUAAGAUGUACACCACCAACUAUGACCUGAAAGAAGACCGCAGCUACAAUGUCACCUCCACCCUGCUCAGGAACCAGCGCUGCGACUACUUUGUCAGAACUUUUGUCCAAACUUCCCAGCCCGGCCAGUUCAGCCUGGGCAACAUAGAGGCUUACCCUCCACUGCAGAGCUACACCGUGCGAGUGGCGGCCACCGACUACAACCAGUUCGCCAUGGUGUUCUUCGAGUAUGUUUCCCAAAACCAGAAGUCCUUCAAGAUCACCCUCUACGGACGGACCAAGGAGCUGCCCCCUGAGCUGAAGGAGAACUUCAUCCGCUUUGUCAAAUCCCUGGGCCUCACCGAUGACAACAUCGUCUUCCCUGUCCCAAUCGACAAGUGCAUCGAUGACCAGUGAGCA